UUGCCUUUAUUUUCAAUUCUACUAAGUACUUUGAAUGGUUCUGCUGCAGCAGCAUUGAAUCGAAUCGAAUGGAAGAGAAAGUCGCUAAGAAGAAAAACGUGGGUGCUUUGUGUUGGUGGCUAACAGUUUCCAUGAUUGGAAUGGUGGUAGUAGGUGCUGGUGUUCUUCUUUUACUCAAAAAGCUUCGUCACCAUGCUUCACCGCAAACCUUAUCAACACUCCCCACCAACAUUGUUCAGAAAUAUGCCUCAGCCCUCGAAUUGUCUCUGCAAUUUUUCGACGUCCAAAAAUCUGGGAAGUUACAGAAUAACAGAAUUCCAUGGAGAGGGGAUUCAAGUCUGAAAGAUGGAAAAGAAGCAGGUUUGGAUCUAAGUAAAGGAAUGUAUGAUGCGGGUGAUCUCAUGAAAUUUGGUUUUCCAAUGGCCUUCACUGCAACCAUGUUGUCAUGGUCGAUUCUUGAAUAUGGGAAUAGAAUGGAAGCUGUGAAGCAGCUACAAUAUGCUCAGGAUUCGCUUAAGUGGAUCACUGAUUAUCUUAUCAAUGCUCAUCCUUUUGAAGAUGUUCUUUAUAUUCAGGUUGGGGAUCCUGAAGUGGAUCACAAUUGUUGGGAAAGACCUGAACAUACAAGUGAGAAAAGGCCAGUGAUUGAAGUAAAUUCAUCAUAUCCAGGAACAGAAGUAGCAGCAGAAACUGCAGCGGCAAUGGCCUCAGCAUCUCUUGUUUUCAAGAACCUGGAUCCCGCUUAUUCCAGAAUCCUCCUCGCUCAUGCUCAACAGCUCUUCACCUUCGCUGACACUUUCAAAUGUUCUUACACUGUUAGCAUUCCUCAAGUGAAGCCCUUUUAUAAAUCAUCUGGUUUUGGUGAUGAACUCUUAUGGGCUGCUACUUGGCUCUACCAUGCAACAAAGGAUCCAUCAUAUCUCAAUUAUGUCACGCUACAGAAUGCAAAAGCAUUUGCAAAUUUUGGUGCUUUCUCAUGGUUUAGUUGGGAUGAUAAGCAUGCUGCAAUCCAGGUUCUUUUGUCCAGAAUUAACUUUUUUGGUGCAAAAGACAUUACAAUUGACGAGGACCUCGAUCUUCAGAUGUAUAGAGAAACCGCUGAAAUUGUCAUAUGCACUCUUCUGCCAGAUUCACCAACAGCUACCACCAUGAGAACUAAAAGUGGAUUGAUAUGGUUACAACCUUGGAACUCUCUGCAACAUGCAGUGGCUUUUGCAUUCUUAGCUGUUGUUUAUAGUGAUUAUAUGCUGACAUCACAAACUGAAGCUCUAUAUUGUAGUGGAAAAUUGUAUAAGCCUUUAGAUCUUCGCAAAUUUGCCAUAUCUCAGGCAGAAUAUGUGUUGGGAGAAAAUCCAUUGAAGAUGAGUUAUCUUGUAGGAUAUGGAAGUCAUUAUCCAAAAUAUGUGCAUCAUAGAGGAUCUUCCAUUCCAGUAAAUGCAACAGAGAUUGGAUGCAAGGUUGGAUUUAAAAAGUGGUAUGCCUCACCAAAACCUAACCCUAAUGUACCAUUUGGAGCUUUAGUGGGUGGACCCUUCUUCAAUGAGACGUAUAAUGAUUUAAGGAACAAUUCAAUGCAAGCUGAACCAACCACUUAUAAUAGUGCACUCUUUGUUGCUCUCCUCUCUGGUUUGGUUGCCACUUCUUCUGUAGUUACGUCUUUCUAG